UUCCCCCAUUCCGAGUUUUGAACCUGGUACUGUUCACAGCAUCGGGUAGUCACUAAAAUCUUUCAUUUUUUUAUUUUAACGUUACAUUGGCUAUUUAAAGCUAUGUGUAACCGUCAGGCAGUACCGUUACCGUUAUUAAUAUGAAAUUAGGGUAAUUCAAGGACAAUUAUGGGGAGUUUCUGGACUGUCCCCCUAGCUAGCUAACUAAGAUGCUUUGAUUCCAGCAGAAUGAUUCUUGGCAUUAGCUAUGUAGCUCGUUACCAAGCUUAAGAAAGUAACGUUAUUGGCUAGCUACCAUGUAUUCUAUGAUGAAGUUUUAUUUGUACGUUUUCCGAACAUUUAAGUUAGUAGGUUGGCUGUAUAUUUAUCUUUCCUAAUAUAAAUAUAUUGUGGUAUGUAGCAGUUUGCUACUCUGCUUUAACUUAACUGUUAACUUACUUCACUCACGACGGUAGCUGGUUAGUCGGAAUCUGCCACUUAGCUCGUCUGACGGACGAGCUCUUAGGUGCUAACGCUAUCUAAUAAUGCUAACGUAAUGACUUGUAUAAUACAAAAAUGUUGACGAUGAAAUGUUAGAUUGUAGCUGUGUCUAUAGCUGGCAACAUGGCUGUAGACAUAGCUAGCUAGAUUGCAAAUGUUUCCUAGCUACGGACUUAAGAAUCAAAAUAUCCUAACUAAGUGUUAGUUAUAUUCGGUGGAAUUUAUUUAUUAGGUAAUUUGUCUUCGUAAUUUUGUCGAUUCUGGUUUUAGCUGACGUUAUUCUACCUAGCCACACUAUGGAUAGAGAGACUUUUCAUACGUGUUGCAGCCUGGUUAAAAUCCCCAGACAGUCGUACGAGCAGUUCCGAUCUUCUCACUUCGUGGACUACAUUGAGAAGAAGGAUUUCAGCUAUUCUCGAUUCUUCAAGAACUACUUGCUUCCAAACCACCCAUGUGUUUUUUCGAAGAGGUUUACUGAAGACUGGAAUUGUCGGAAGCACUGGGUAACAGAAACUGGGAAACCGAAUUUUCAAAGACUCCUGCAAGAUUUUGAAGAGUCUCCAGUACCUGUCGCAAAUUGUAAUGCAAGAGAAUACAAUGCAAAUCCCAAGCAAAUAUUGCCUUUUAAAGAAUUUAUAAGCUACUGGAGGGAGUACAUGCAGAAUGGACACUCAUCGCCAAAAGGAUGUCUAUAUCUGAAGGAUUGGCACAUGCAAAGGGAGUUUCCUGAACACAAUGUCUACAGCACACCUGUGUUCUUCUCGUCUGAUUGGCUAAAUGAAUACUGGGACACUAUUGAAGUGGAUGACUAUCGCUUUGUCUACAUGGGACCAAAAGGUUCAUGGACUCCCUUCCAUGCAGAUGUCUUCCGCUCGUACAGCUGGUCAGCGAACGUCUGUGGCAGGAAGAAGUGGCUUCUGUAUCCCCCUGGCCAAGAGGAGUAUCUGCGCGAUUGUCAUGGCAACUUGAUUUAUGAUGUCACCGCACCCGCCCUUCAAGACAAGGGACAGUACCCGCACUACGAGAAGGCCUGCCAGCCUCUGGAGAUCAUCCAAGAGGCUGGAGAGAUCAUCUUUGUUCCAAGUGGAUGGCACCACCAGGUCUACAACCUGGAAGACACCAUCUCCAUUAACCACAACUGGCUGAAUGGCUGCAACCUGGACAUUAUGUGGCAGUUCCUGCAGGGGGAGCUCUCUGCGGUACAAAGGGAGAUCAGUGAAUGGAGGGACUCCAUGGACACCUGGCACCAGCACUGCCAGGUAAUCAUGAAGUCGUGCACAGGGAUCGACUACGGGGAAUUCUCCUCGUUCCUGAAGAUCAUCGCCAGCACCCGGCUCUCCUUCCUGAACGGCUGCUCGGGCACCUCCACCCCCGGGUGCCCGCGCCACCUGCCCGACACCCUGGCAACGCUGGGGCCCCACCACGCGGCCUUCGACCUGCAGCGCGUGGCACACAUCCUGGAGUGCAUGCUUAGCAAUGAGGACUUCCUGCGGCUGGACCCCACCUCCCUGAGCUCGCAGCCCGAGAGCCUGCUCCAGCAGAUCCGCGACGCCAUGCGCACCGCACUCUGACAGGGUCCCCCGUCACAGGAGCGCGCUACGACAAGCAUCCAGAACCGGCUUGAACCGGGUCACAAGAACUUUUGUGCCUCCGGCCACAAGGAGCUUUGCUCGGUCAAUCGCUACAGCUACUAAUGAUCACGAUUUUGAUGUGUUCACACUGUACAUUAACAACAAAUAAUACAACAAAUGUUUCAUGAUUUUAAUGUACAAAUGAUCCAGCAGUAUUAAUGUUAUGUCGUGUGUCGGACCGUGUGUUGACAUGGCAACACAAUUUCAAAAGGAACUUCACCCCUUGAUAGUGUAGUAUUUGGUGUAGCCUCUUAGCUUGUACCGUAGCCACUGUAAUGAAAGAAUCAUCGUUCUGUGGGUCAGCAGCUUUUGAGUUCCGCAACUUUGUGCAUGCGCUUAUUUUUAAUUUAUGCUCAUAUUUUGACUUUGCAUUGCACUUUCAGCUGAGCUAUUUGGAAUCAAAGAUUCCAGUUUACAGCAAGUGUGGAUGAAUCCAUGCUCGCAAAGUGUUGGCGUCUUGUAAUUGUCUCAUUAUCUAAUUUAUAAAAUAAUUGAUAUUUUGCUUAACAGGAAAGAGUACAUGCCAUAUGCGCUACAGAUUUGACAAAACAUCUAGCAAUUUUUGUUCCUAGUGCAGCCAUAUGUGAACUAAAACAUGAGUCAAACCAUUUGAAGUUAUGUAUAAAUAUCUUUAGUUUAUUGAUAUUAAACAAUCAUCUUGCAUGUACUGCAUAGUGACAGAUUAUUUCAUAGCAAAUAUAGGUUAUUUUCCUGAUUACUAUGGUACUGUCCUGAGACAGCGGGUGGCCAUAAGCUGGGGAAUGAACAGAUUGGUACUACGCUGUCACUUAUCUAGGGCAACAAAAGAGCUUUUCUGAAACUGUUUUUCACUUGCAUUUCUUUAUGAGCAUGACUCUGAAAUAAACGGUUUGGAUUUACUGUC